UGUAGUCCCAACGCUGUCCAGUAGGCGGUGCGUGCGGACGUGUGUGUUUGUGUGCGUGUGCGCGCCCGUGUGUGCGCCUGUGCUCUUUAUUGUUUCCUGAGAAAGAGAUUGAGCACAGUGUUUCCUCGCAUUCGUUUCAAUGGCUGCCAGGCUGUUCACCAAGUCCCACCGGAGAGACGGCGGCUGCAGCUGAACACACACUGCCGGCCAGGAGGCCCUCUGUGCGGGGGUGUCAACGUCCCAAGCUCUGCAGCCACCUUGGAUAAUUUUGUAUCCCGAAAAAGGAAAGAAAGAAAGACAGAACGGGAGCAGGACAGCCGGAGAGUUCCCUGCAGCUGCCUAGCCUCUCACUGUAUCAGCCGCCACCAUGGUUGAACCAGCCGACAGACCGUCCACAGCUGGACAGCGACUCAGUGCACCUGACAGCUUUGGAGUGUCCACUCUGGAGCCAGGCCUUCGUCCUCCAGCUCAGACACCUGGGAGACAGGUGUCAAUCCGGGUGCAGAUGCUUGAUGACACACAGGAAGUCUUCCAGAUAUCACAACGAUCUCCUGGUAAAGUGCUCUUUGACCUGGUGUGUGUCCACCUUAACCUGACGGAGGGAGACUAUUUUGGCCUGGAGUACCAGGACCAGCGUAAGAUGACGUUGUGGCUGGAUCUUUUGAAGCCCACACUAAAACAGAUCAGACGGCCUAAAAACACCAUUCUCCGGUUCGUUGUGAAGUUCUUUCCUCCUGACCACACGCAGCUGAUGGAGGAGCUGACCAGGUAUCUGUUUGCCCUCCAGAUUAAACAGGACCUGGCCUGUGGUCGACUUAUUUGUAACGACACCAGUGCUGCUCUCAUGGUCUCUCACAUCAUUCAGUCUGAGAUUGGAGACUUUGACGAGACACAGAGCUGGCAGCAUCUCCUCCACAACAAAUACCUUCCCGACCAGGACGCCAUUAGAGACAAGAUAAUGGACUGCCACCGCAAGCAUGUGGGGCAGACUCCUGCAGUGUCAGACUAUCAGCUGCUGGAAAUUGCCAGGCGGUUGGAGAUGUAUGGCAUCCGUCUGCACCCAGCCAAGGACAGAGAAGGAACAAAGCUGAGCCUAGCUGUGGCACACACAGGCGUGCUGGUGUUCCAGGGAUACACCAAGAUCAACGCCUUUAACUGGUCUAAGAUUCGCAAACUAAGCUUCAAACGCAAAAAGUUUCUCAUUAAACUGAGGGCGGACCCUGGCCAGAAUGCCCACCAUGACACACUAGAGUUUGCCAUGGCCAGCAGGGACUGCUGUAAGAUCUUUUGGAAGAUCUGUGUCGAGUAUCACGCCUUCUUCAGGCUCUUUGAAGAACCCAAGCCCAAACCCAAGCCCAUUCUGUUCACCAGAGGAUCUUCAUUCCGUUUCAGUGGUCGGACUCAGAAGCAGAUCUUCGACUACAUCAAAGAUUCUGAGCUCAAGAAAGUUCCCUUUGAAAGAAAGCACAGCAAAAUUCUGUCCCACAGCAGCAUGUCUCCACAGUCGUCUUCUUUCAGAACACAAGUGCCAGAAGAGAGUUCACUCUCACUCCCGUUGGCAGACCAGCCCGACUCGGCCAGGUUUAACCAUCAAGCUGAACUCAACAGUGCAGGAGAUCCAGGACUGGUUUCUGCCCCCACCAAUGGGUUCCAGGACAUCCUGGUGGCGCCUGGCUCAGACCCACUCCAUUCCAGACGGAAUCACAACGGCGUUGGAUCAGCACCGGAGCAGCAGCUCCUCAACCCAGGAAGUCCAGGCUCUGAAGACUCUGCCCAGGGAAGUCCUCGUGCUAUGGUCAAUGGCAACGGUUCGGUAAACGGAGAGGGGAACCACACCUCUGGCGUCACGGCUCCGGCCCAGAGUCCAGAGUUGCAUCCGGUUUCUCCUCUCACCAGCCCACUGCUGAUGGAGGCUGGGUACGUUCGCAACGACGAGGAGGAAGAGGCCAGGAGAAAGAAGUUUCCCACAGACAAGGCCUACUUCAUAGCCAAGGAGCUGUUGACCACAGAGAGGACCUACCUCAAAGACAUUCAAGUCGUCACAGAGUCCUUCCUGAGUUUUGCGGCUAAAGAAGAGACGUUCCCUGAGUCUGUUCAGAACCUGUUUUCCACCAACUACGAACCGAUCCAGAAGUUCCACCAGGGAUUCCUCAAAGAGGUGGAGCAGCGUCUGGCACAGUGGGAGGGACGCUCUAAUGCCCACAUUAAAGGAGACUAUCAACGCAUCGGUGAUGUUUUACUGAAGAACAUCCAGGGUCUCAGGCAGUUGACAAUUCAUCUACAGAAACAUUCAGAGUGCCUGGUUGAACUGGAACGCGCCUGCAGAUCCAGUCGUAAGGUGGAGACCGUGUGUCGAGACUUUGAGCAGCAGAAGGUUUGUUACCUCUCCUUCAACAUCUUCCUGCUCCGUCCUCUUCAUCGGCUGCUGCACUACAAGCUCAUCCUGGAGAGGCUCUGCAAACACUACCCACCCACUCACGACGACUUCAGGGACUCUAGAGCGGCUUUGGCAGACAUCUCUGAGAUGGUGCUCCAGCUCCAAGGCACUAUGAUGAAGAUGGAGAACUUCCAGAAACUUCUGGAGCUGAACAAGGACCUGAUGGGCAUCGACAACCUCGCUAUACGCGGCAGGGAGUUUAUCAGGCUCGGCUGUCUCAGCAAACUCUCAGGGAAGGGUCUUCAGCAGAGGAUGUUUUUCCUGUUCAGUGAUUCCUUGGUCUACACCAGUCGAGGGAUGACAGCAUCCAAUCAGUUUAAAGUUCACGGACAGCUGCCUCUUUAUGGCAUGACGAUCAGAGAAAGUGAGGAGGAAUGGGGGGUCCCUCACUCCUUCACCCUGUUUGGACACCGUCAGUCAGUGGUGGUGGCAGCCAGCUGUGCCUCAGAGAUGGAGCGGUGGGUAGAGGAUAUCAGAAUGGCCAUUGACCUGGCCGAACACAGCAGCAGCCCCGGCACAGACCUGCUCUCUACCAGCCUCUCUGACAACAAACUUCUGGACGACAGUGCGGUGGAGCAGGAGUCCGAGGAGGAGCUCUGUGGCUCACGCUCGUCCCUGGAGCGCCAGGGUCACCGUGGAAACACCACUGUGCACGUGUGCUGGCACCGUAACACCAGCGUGUCCAUGGUGGACUUCAGUAUUGCUGUGGAGAACCAGCUGUCUGGCAACCUGCUGAGAAAAUUCAAGAACAGUAACGGCUGGCAGAAGCUCUGGGUGGUCUUCACCAACUUCAGCCUUUUCUUCUACAAAUCACAUCAGGACAACUACCCUCUGGCCAGCCUCCCUCUGCUGGGCUACUCUGUCACAGUCCCGUCAGAGUCGGAGAACAUCCACAAAGACUACGUCUUCAAACUCCACUUCAAGUCCCACGUGUACUACUUCAGAUCAGAGAGCGAGUACACAUUUGAAAGGUGGAUGGAGGUGAUACGCAGUGCCACCUGCUCCUCCAGUCAUACUGUGUCCAGCUCUAGAAAAGAGCUUUACUGAAGAAGGUGCUCCAUCAUCACUCCUCCUUCUCCUCCUCCCUUCUUCCCUGCUGACUUCAGACUGAUCCCUAAAGUGGGUCGAUGCCUUAACACAUUAUCACAUUGCACAGACGAUGGACUUGAGUACACACUGGCUCCUCACCUCUGAUAGGUGGACACACUCAAGUCCUCCUGCACCGUCACAAACUUUACACACAUACACAAGCUUUGCUCAUAGUACUUACCUUAUGUUUUUUUUAUUAAAGCUAGAGCCAUUAAGUGAUGUUCACAUGCACAAACACAAACGUAAAGACACCACUGACAUCAAUGGAAGGGUUGGUUUUUUUUUUUUCCAUCUUAAACAUUGCUUGCAUUUUAUUUUUUUAGUGUAAAACUGAGCUGGAAUUUAGGAAAGUAAGCACAUUUGAGCUAAGUUUUUUCUCACUACAGCCCACUAAGAAUACGAUAACUUUGAUGCAAUUUUAGUUUCAUUUAAAUAGUAAAAAAAACCUUUUUGUAAAAUGUUUUCUUCUUUGUACAGUCAUUUGAUACACUGUGAAAUCCAUUGUUCUUGUCGCCGCUCGACUUUUCUCAAAAGAAAAAAUGCCCUUUAAUACGUUUCUGGUGCCAACAGAGAUUUUAAUGGUUCACUGCCAAAAGACACUUUUUUUUCUCUUUUAAAUCUUAAUUCAUGAAAUAAAAACUAGAUAAGACUGUGUUUAUUUACUCUCUCACUAAGAUUCAAAACGUUCCUCCGAGACUUUUUGUUUUUUGAACGCCCCCAGGUGAACUUUAACCAGAACAAUUUAUUUAAAGAAGAAAAAAAGCAUAUAAUGGACAAGGACAGGCAGGCCAGUCAAGCACAUAAACUUAAUUCAAACCUUUUAGUGUAUUCCACAGCUAUACUGAGUACUUAUUACCAAACAUGGUGCAAGUCGUAAUUACAGUUUCAGAAACUUAAAGAAAAACAAG